AUGGCUUCUAGUAACCAAGAGAAUGAGAUGGCUCCCGAUGCAGUGACGCGGACCAUGACCUUUAGUUCCAUACCCGGUCAGAAUCAGAUCGAUCCCUUAGAUCUGCCACUACGAGAACUGAACGACAAUGCCAACUUGGAGGAAUUCACUACCGAGACCCGUGCAGGAAACAUUGUCAAGCCCGUACGGUCCAAUGUUACGGGUGAAGUAGAACAAUGGAAACUUGUCACAUUCAAAAUCAACGACCCGGAGAACCCCAAAAACUGGUCCAAGGCCAAGAAGUGGUAUUGCACUAUGGUGGUCGCGUGGACUUGUUUUGUGGUUGCGUUCGCUAGUAGUAUCAUCACUGCGGGUUUAGAAGGUCCCGAGGCAACUUUCCAUAUCUCAGAAGAGGUUUCUCUGCUCGCCAUCACGGUUUUCGUGGUUGGCUUCGGUGUUGGACCAAUGAUAUUUGCCCCUCUUUCUGAGAUCAUUGGACGACGUUGGGUAUACGCAAGCACACUUCUGCUCGCCGUCAUUUUCGAAAUCCCCUGUGCUUUGGCGAAGAAUAUUGGCACGCUGCUCGUAUGUCGAGCCAUUGACGGCAUUGCAUUUAGUGCACCCAUGACUCUAGUCGGAGGAACCUUGGCCGAUAUGUGGAACAAUGAAGAGCGUGGUGUCCCUAUGGCCGCUUUCAGUGCCGCACCUUUUGUUGGUCCUGCUAUUGGACCCCUGGCCGGUGGCUUCUUAUUCGAUAGCGCUGGUUGGAGAUGGUUAUAUUGGCUCCAGAUGAUCCUGGCUGGUGUAGCCUGGGUUUUGAUUACUUUUACAGUUCCAGAAACCUACGCGCCGACAUUGCUCAAGGCACGCGCUAAGAAGAUGAGAAAGCAGAACAACGACCCCAAGUAUGUGACUGAGAUGGAACUCGAUUCUCGGCCAACUGGUGAGAAGAUCAAGAUUUUCUUGCUGCGCCCAUUCCAGCUGCUUUUCUUAGAGCCUAUUGUGCUCUUUAUCUCGAUAUAUAUGUCUGUCCUCUAUGGUCUGCUCUAUAUGUUCUUUGUCGCAUACCCUAUCGUUUAUGUCGAGGGAAAGGGAUAUUCUGAGGGCAUUACAGGUCUUAUGUUCAUCCCUCUUGCUCUUGGAGUCGUUAUGAGUGCAUUCUGUGCGCCAUUUAUCAACAAGCAUUAUUUGAAGAUUACAGCCAAAUUCAACGGAGCAGUUCCAGCAGAGUAUCGACUAAUUCCGAUGAUGUGCUCCUGUUGGCUUAUCCCUAUUGGUCUAUUUAUAUUCGCGUGGACCUCCUAUCCUCGAGUGCAUUGGAUUGGACCAGCCAUUGGUGGAUGGCCCGUUGGAUUUGGAUUCAUCUUCCUCUACAAUUCGGCCAACAACUAUCUCGUCGACACCUACCAGCACCAGGCGGCAUCUGCCUUGGCCGCGAAGACCUGCCUGAGAUCUUUCUGGGGUGCAGGUUGUGUCCUUUUCACUGUGCAAAUGUAUCACCGCCUCGGAUACGAAUGGGCUGGCUCCCUCCUUGCUUUCAUCUCCCUCGCUUGCUGCGCGAUACCUUAUGUUUUCUGGUUCAAAGGUGCAGCAAUUCGUCGAUACUCUCGUUUUGCUUAUAAAGGAGAUGAUGAGAAAGUCUUUGCCGCCAAGGUUCGUGAUAUCGAAAAUCCGCCUGGGAGCCAUUGA